AAACGAACAACUGGUAGAUCUGCUGAAAAUGCAAUGCUGAGAUGCCAUCCCGAUUUUGUCGACCUUGUCAUUUUUAUUAACCGCUUUUGACUUUUGACAUCGGAUAGCAAGGGAUAGGGUCUGCCUGCGAUUUUACUCAAAAUUUAUAAUUUUUACAAAUAGUUAAGCGAAAAUGGCAGCCCAGAAGCUCUCAAUGCUGGUACGAAGCUUCAGCACCGGAAAUAUAGUCAAUCAAAUGGUAAAACCUCCAAUCCAACUCUUUGGUGUUGAAGGUCGGUAUGCCACAGCCCUUUACUCUGCUGCAACCAAGCAGAAAACCUUAGAUAAUGUUGAAAAGGAUCUCAUCAAGUUCCAGAACAGCAUGAGGAGUGACCCUAAACUGAAGGGUUUCAUCGAAAAUCCCACCAUCAAACGUAAUAUCAAAGCUGAUGCACUUAAAGCUGCAGCUCAGAAAAUCUCCCUGAAGCCAGAGUCCAUCAAUCUCUUGAUGCUCUUGGCCGAAAAUGGUAGGUUAGAAAAACUGGAUGGAGUCAUCAAUGCAUUCCGCACCCUUAUGUCAGCUCACAGAGGAGAAGUGACCUGUGAGGUAGUAACUGCCAAGGCACUUGAUGCUGAGCAGACAAAGAAACUAGAAGGUGUCCUCAAGUCAUUUGUAAAAGCAAAUGAAACCAUUCACUUAACAUCAAAGGUAGACCCAACCAUCAUUGGUGGAAUGAUUGUAAGUGUCGGCGAUAGAUAUGUUGACAUGUCCGUAGCCACCAAGAUUAAGAAAUAUACUGAAAUAAUCAGUGCUGCUGUUUAAGCUCUAAUUUAUAAUUUGUUAUUGUAUUGUAGUGAUUCGAAAAUAAACAAAAUGUUUACAGAUAAUGCAACUUUUUGUUACAUCACCGAAUGUUAUGAAAUUAGUUAUCGUAUAACUCUUGUCUGAAAUAAUGUGAUUAUGUAUAUAUUAAUGUCAUAUCGUAUUAUUGUUUGUAGUUGUUUCAAAAUAUAAUCAGAAAUGCAG